ACGUAUUCGAGCCAUCGAGAGAUACUUCACCCACGCGCUCUCUAUUUUACUGUGUAUUAUCGCUGCUACAAUAGCUCGGUUAUGCUAAAGCGAAACAAUGAAGAGAUCAAUGCAUUCUGCAAUGAUGCUUCCUUGAGUUUCUUGGCUUAAGACCGAGAUUUUCGACGAGUGACGAUGCUGAACGUUUGGUUUUUACUCUGCAUCAGUUAGCAUCGAUAAUCAUUUCUUCCCGAGAGUUUACGGCCGUUAGUUGUGGUUAGAAACAGUGCCCGAGAAGUGAGAAAGCGACAUAACCCGGUAAACCCGAGAUAAUGGGAAACAGACAAGGAAUCGGCCUACAAAUCGCUUUUGUUCUGGUCUUGUUGCUGAUAAGGAUGCAGACAUGCAAGGCUAUACAAUGCACCUUUGACCAGUACAAAGUCUUCCACACAAAUGGAACCAUUUAUUGCAAGAUCUGUCCUUUUUGCCCUGAAGGUCAAGGGGUUGAGCCUCUUUGUGGUUCAGACAUAACGCCCAACAUCGAACCCAGAUGUGUCAAGUGUGUAGAAGGUAUCAACUUCUCAGGGAGUUAUGACCAGGAACAAUGCCGGCCAUGCUACCAGUGUGACAAUCAGCUCGUAUCCAAGGAAUGUACAGUUACCAGCAACAGGGUGUGCCUGAAUAAGUGCAAGCCGAAGUCUGGGAUGUACUUUGACAUUUUAUAUCAGGUGUGCGAGCCAUGUUCCUGGUGUUGUGGCGAUGCAAAUGAUGUGGUCGAGCAAGACUGUAUAGAUCAAGGACUGCCACCGAAGAAGAGGUGCAACCUUGAUGGGAAGAAAAGAUGUACCCCAAAGGUGACACCCAUCCCAAGUACUACAGCUACUCCAAGCACUGCCGUGACAUCUUCCACACCACCAACAUCUACUAGCAUGCAAACGUCUAAGCAUUCUGUAGGACACCUACAGACAACAGUGUCAAUAUCUUUAAAAAAAGAAACCAAGCCAAAGAAUGAGACAGAGUCAGUUGCUGCUAAGGCAGCAAAAGGUAUAAUUAUUUUCUUAGUUGCUGCAUUAAUUCUUUCUGUAAUUUGUUUUUGCAUAAUGCGUAGGAAAAGUGGUGUUGCAUGUGGUUGUCUUAAUAGAUAUUUACCACUGAUUCAAAGGUGGUUUAGGGCACCACGGGAGGGGCAGGAGAGUGCAGAGUCUUUUUUAAGGGAUGAAGAUAGGGCACAGGUACUAGUAAGAAGAGCAGAGGCAGACCAAUCAAGCGUGAUUAUAGAGUGUCAGGCUGCUAAUGGGGUAGAGCCUUGUAAUCAGGGCUCUGCUGAGGAUGUAUUGCCUGCAAAUCAGCCCAAUGAAGAUGUCGAAGAGCCUGGAUCAACUAUGCCUGGAUGUAGUGAGAGGAGCGAAACAAGCUCAGUAACUGAAAUAGUGGAAAAUCAAGGCAAUGAAUCACCUACAGCAAGUCCAAUAGGUAGUGUUCCUCUGGAAUAUAUAAAAGGUUGUUUGCCUCUCUACCAAAAGGUUUGUGAUAAACUUGACCUGAAAUACCGCUUUAUGAAAAUCGGUAGGCAUUAUAAGAUGGAUGAAGAUAGGCUUUUAUUGUUGAAACAACACAAUGAUACAAAGUCUGGGGCCGAGGUAGUACUUGAGUGGAUUUUUUCGUCCCAUCCAAGCCUCCACUUCUCAGGCUUCAUAAAGGUGUUGGGGGAACUUGAUAUGAAGGACGUGGCUAAUGAAAUGCUUAAGGAAGAGUAUGUCAAGGACUUUGUGUAGAUCUACUUUUCCAUUAAGCAUCCAGUUAGCCAGAGUCAUCCUUAAAUACCUGUAAACCUAGGACAUAUGGUAGAUUUUUACCAAACAUACAAAAUACUAAGUUUUUAAUUUAAUGUAAGUAAAGCAUUUGAUUAUUUUUUAUAUAUAAUUUAUUUUCUAUUCUCAAAGCUAUGUUACUAUGCAGCUUUGAUAGUUAUUUUGUUUUAAGUUAACUUUUUUAUUUUGAUUUUAUAGCCUGUGUCUAGAUUUUCUUACCACAUCCCUGAUUUUUGCCUUGUGAAUGGCACAACUCUAGUAAAGUAUAGUAAUGCUGGUCAUUGAUUCCAUUCUAGUAGCUGUCAUUGACAAGGGUACCAAAGUGCACAAAGUCAUGCUGGAAAUGACAGAAAGUUGUAAAUGUUUUAACCAGUCAGGGAUGUCAACAUCACUGUUUAUAUUUUCUUGCUGUUGAUCAGCAAAAAUCUACAAAUCAACAAAACCUCUAAAACUCAGAUUUACCAUAAAGUUGUUUUCAACUAUAAAAAAAGGAAUUUCAAGAGCCGGUUUCACAGGUUAUGGGUCAUAGUGUGCUGCAGGACCAGGGGCGGCAAGCGGGGAGGACACCCCCUCCUCCCCUCCCCCCCCCCACACACACACUGUUGAGGGAGCUAUAUUUUGUUGUAGGUUAUUAGUUAAUGCUUAUAUUAUAAUAAUGGUUAUAUUUGUUAAUGCCGCCGUGCUGGUUAUGGUCACUAGCAACAUGUAGCAAACAAGGGGGAGUAAUUAAUUGGAACUAUUUUUUUAGGGUAGGAAGAUAGUUGCACUCUUUGCCUUAGGGUUUUAGGGUAUUAAUUAUUAUUUAGAUCAUGCAUACAGGCCUGUAACCAGAAAUCUGAUACAGGCAAAACAAUCUAGAUUUGUCAUUAGCCAACACUUCUAUGCAAAACACUAGUCUUUCUACAGCUUGUCUGUAGUCUUUCUAGUUUAAAUAAUACCAUUUCGAAUUGUCAUAACCUGGUGUACGUUCAUGAACAUGUCAUGAAUAAGCAAUAAUAUAAUUCGAAUUUUUCAUCUCACCAGUUCAUUUUUUUUAUUUUUUAUGAAAAAAGUACCUCCAGUUUUGAUUUCAUUCUUUUAAAGAGAGCAAGUGAGUUGCUCCAGAAAUGCUGUUUACAGGCUUUGAAUGUAUGACGCUAUUCUGUAAAUAGCUUAUUUUCUUAUAUUUUUGAAAAACUUUUAUUGGUUCCCUAGGCUCUGUAGGCUCGAUUUACAGCUCGUUUCUGUGAGACCUGCAUUACUUGCUGAGGAGUCCUAGUGCAUAGCUGUCAACCCAACUUGGACAGAAAUCUUGUCAAAUCGGGUGAAAUACAGUAAAUAGUGAAAAAACCAAGAGAGCCAAUGCGGAUGAAUACAGAGAAUGUAUGGAAAUUCUCUCAAAAAUUAGGGCUUGUGAUGAGAUCCAAAAUCUUGUGACAACCGCCUAAUGCGGUUGAGUUGACAGCAAUGCUAUUGACGGCUGGAAAUGGAGUCUAAUGAUGCUUAUGAUGGGCUAUGGAUGGGUUUGAAUGUGAUGGAGAAGUGUAGCACCAUGGUAAUUUGUCUCAAUAAAGAAUGAAUUAAGAAAUUAAGUAAAAUUGAGAAAAAAACAUGGUGUUACUAUUUCCUUCACAUCAACACCCACCAAUUUUUUAAUUCUCUGCUUGUACAUAGUCUAAUACUUUUUUGAAGCAUACUUUGUGUAUUUAAUAAAAUAAAGAGAAUAAACUC